CACACAACACAUGGAUAAAGAAUAAACGAGGGUGUCACUUUUAUACUGUGCAGUUAAAAACCCUAAUAUGAAUACCCUGGCAAUACUGUGCUUGUUGUUUCUAACGCUUGGUCUUUCUCAGCAGACGUCCCAAGAUGACGAAUGGCAGGCGUGGAAACAGACACAUCAAAAAAGUUACUCAAAUUAUAAAGAAGAAAUGUACAGACGUAAAAUAUGGCAGAAGAAUAUGAAUGAUAUCCAUCUCCAUAAUAAUCGUAUUGAUAAACAAUACACAUUACAAAUGAACCGGUUCGGCGAUCAGGAAUCAAUGACAAGAAAGAAGUUGAUUCCCCAGCUUCAAAGACCGAUAGCUUUAAAACAAGACAACUUGGUGUUUUCUGGUGAUGCAGCACCAACCAGCUUUGAUUGGAGGACAAAGGGAGUAAUCGGAGCAGUGAGUAAUCAAGGACAAAUGGGCGAUGUUGAAGCAAUAGUUGCUGCAGAGAGUGUCGCCAGUUUGCAGGCAAUAAAAACAGGCCAGCUUUACAAUCUAAGUGCAGAAGAAAUUGAUGAUUGUGGAUGUGGGGAACAAUUACUUAUUAAAGAUAUAUUUGGGUGUAUUCGUAGUAAAAUUGGUGGCUUGUGUACAACUCAGACAUAUAAACAAAAUCCAACUCAGAUCUGUAACAAGGAAAGUUGUCAAGCUGUGGGUGUGGUCAAUGGUACAAACUUCAUACGUCACGGGGAUGAAGUUGAAAUGGGAAAGGCCAUCCUGAAAUCACCCCUAAUGGUUUAUGUAGAUGCUUCUCAUCCAUCUUUUGAAAUGUACAGUGAAGGGAUAUACGCUGAAAAUAGCUGCAGCCAAUCUCGAAUAGAUCAUGUUUUACAAGUUGUUGGUUAUGGUCAGAUGGACAACAAAAGUUAUUGGAUCUGUAAAAAUAGUUGGGGUGAGACCUGGGGAAUUAAUGGUUAUAUAUGGAUUGAAAGAGGCAGAAAUAUGUGUGGCAUUGCCAGUCUGGCUAUUUAUCCUUACUAAGCCCUUGUCUCUUUUGUUUAAUUUUGUUUGAAUCUAAUGUAUUUUAAAUAAAAAUCAAAUAAGCAUAAAUCUUACUAUUACUAGUAUAUACGCAACAACAUAGCCCAGUAGUCCGAAAGUAAUAUGCGAUCUAUAUGAAAAUUGUUAUACUUAUUUUUCUAAUGAAGAUGGGGGUGGGGUGCAAAUGGUUAACGCGUGCGCGUUGAAUCACAAGGUCUGUCAUUGAGUCAAGGGGCGUGGUUUGGAUUCUCUGCUUGUACGUGACAAGGAGUGGGGUCUCCUGUUCAAUCUCAAGGGGUUUCUCCCACUGCUUAAUACUCCUAGCGAAUUACUGAAAUAAAAAUGGGCCAUAUGUUAGUCCUGAAAUGACCUACUCUCUCUCUCUCUCUCUCUCUCACUCUCUCUGUGUGCACUGUUCAAUAAUACAUGUUCUUAAAUGGCAAAAGUUGCCAAAUAUAAAGCAAAUUAUAUAUAAGCUUUAACCCUUUUUUUUACUAUUUCAAUAUUGUUGUCUUAUAGCUACAAUUU